CAUAAACACAACGAAAACACAGUGACGUCAACGCGUCUACGCGGCUACGUCAGACACUGAGCUGCCAUGGCAACAGCGGCAGCUUGUUCCUGUAACUAAAGCAGGUGAGCAGACGGUUAGCAUGCUGGUCAAAUGACGAAGAAGUGAGUUCUCGCGUUGGUUCGUCGGUGGCGAGAGCGCGAUGACCGUCCGCUUCAAGAGUCGGAGUGAAUACCAGAAGAGCUUCAGGGUGUUCCGGUCCAGAAGUGUGUCUCCUCAGCGCUGCGUCCCAUUGGCCGGUCUGCGCUCCGACCAGAUGGGUAUCAGCAGAGAACCAGGUCUCCAGCAGCGGAAGAGGCUCGGUCCUGGUGGUCUGGCUCAGUCCUGCAGGUCUCUGCUGUGUCCUCCAGAUCCACAGAAAUCCCUCGCUGAGCCGGCUGCACCCAGAACAGCACCCCCUGCUGCCUCGAGGAGUCGCUCGGCUCACAGGAAGGAGACUUCCCUAGGGCCAAAUCCUCCAACACCUCCCGGAGCACGAGUUGACCCCGGAUCUCCUGCAGACCCUGGAUCUCCGGCAGGACCACGUCCCGCUGCAGACCCUGGACCGUCAGUUGAACCAGGAGCUGCUGGAAAAUCUGUGAAGCCCCACUCCUCCAGGCUUGUCAACCAAUCACAGCUGAGCCGACCCUUGACAGCAGCGCCUGAUGGACAGCAGCCCUCGGCCAAUGAGGUUCAGCAUGCUCUGCGCUGGAGGGCGGGGCUAGAGGCGGGGCUAAGGACGGGAGGUCACAGGUCAGAGUACCACAGGCAGUUCAGCUGCAAGGAACCUGCAACCGCUGCUUCUCCCAUUCUGACUGCAGAACAGAUGAUCCACUCCAGCAGGUCCGUGCCGCCCUUUAAGAAGCACCCCGUUCCCCUGAAGACAGAGUACCGGCAUAGCUUCCGGGGUCUGGCCCCGCCCACCGAGCCCCGCCUCCAGAAACACCUGGAGCAUCAUCAGAGAGCACCGCUGUUCCACGUAGACAUGACCAACAAAAAGAGGAGGGAGGAGUCAGAUAAGAAGCCACACCCCAGAGUCGAUAUCCCCGCUCUCAAUAAAGCUGAAACCACGCCCCCUCGUCCACCUCAGGUUCAGAGAGGACACAGGAUGUUGACAGCCUAUGAGAGCAGCUUUCGUUCUCCCCUCCACAGGAUCCCAGAGGGAGGCGGAGCCAUGGACGGCGACGCCCGUCAGGUGAGGGAGUUGAGGCAGAAGGCCUCGUCGUACCGCCGUCGAGCCUGGGGAGCUAACUUCGACAGAGACCACCUGAGCCAGCUGCUGUCCGAACACAACGCUCUGUGGGAGCCAACGGACUCCACGGACUCUCCCACGGACCCCCCCACCCCCCGCCUAACCUUGAACAGCCGUGGCCCUUCCCCCCUGGAGGCCCUGGACCUGGCCAGCCGCUCCAGUAGCUCCAGUAAGAGGUCUUCUGUUACGAGCUCAGGAGACAAAAACACUCAAAUAAAAGCACAAACACCUCCAAGUCCUCCUGCUGAAGGCCGCAUGGCCUGGGGAGAAGAAGAAGAAGAAGAAGAAGAAGACACAGAUGAGUAA